AUGGCGUCGAAUUAUCUUUCUCAUGCUAUCGCAAAUAUUAAUAAAUGCAACAGUUUUAAUAGUCUUUCCUCAACGGCGUUAAUUUUAAACGUCGACGUCGAAUAUGUUGUUGUUUGUCUCGGCCAAACGAUUCGAGUUUUUCGCAAAUUCAAAUUCGAUGAGAAAUGCCUUAAAGAGGGCACUUGGGUGACGUAUAACGCGGCUGAAAAGAAAUAUGUUGCAACAAAUGACGAAAUCGUCAAAAAUCUGCCACGCGUGUUCGUCGAAAAAUCGAAAAAACAACAUCGAAUCAUCACGACGAAGACAAACGAGGUCCAAAUAAAUCCGAGCCCGUUCAAAAUUUUUGUGUCAACUCCAAUUGUCGUCCCAAACGCUCAAAUGGACGCAAAAAUAUUCGAAUAUUGGUACGGUCACGCGUGGUCGCCGGAAUUUGGGCGCAUCUCCGAUCCUGAGCAACUAUUAGCUCCAUUAAAGAAAAAUCAUACCUAUAAUGCAAUCAUCGAAUGUGUUCAAUUCCGGAAUAAAAUUCAUAUUUGGAUAAUCUCAUCGGUCGAAAUAUGCAUCGAUAAAAGUGUUCAUCUGCUUUCAGCGCUAGCGCCGUGGAAUUCGAAGCCGAAUUUGAAAUAUUCUGAAAUUGGCCGCAGCCAAAUCGGAAUUAUUGCAUUGAAAACGAGCGGCAGAAUGAAUGAUUCCAUAUUUGUCGCGUUGAGAGACGGCUCAAGGGUUCUUCUCCACUAUAGCAAUUGGAGAAUUUCAAAACUUACAGCAGAAAUGAUAAGAAGCGAUGAUGAAGCCAACGCUGAAAAAGCAGCCAUUUUCUCGCAAUUACAGAUUGGAAUUGCUAUAAAUAUUGUCAAAAAACAGACAUAUUUGAAAUUCAUUUGCGCAAAUUUAAAGUCGUUUUGCUCGUUGGAAGAAAUGGAAAAUCUCGCUGUUGACUAUAAUAGAGCUUCUGAUUUGGAUAUGCCGAUAAUUCGAUUCUUUAUGAAAUACGACGAGAAUAUGGAUCCAGAUGGUGAAUCCAAUCAUUUUUCGCCGUUUGCUGAAAAUGUGAGCGAUGCCUGA